AUGGAGGGAAAAAUUGAUAGCAGAAGACAAUCAAGUAAUGUUUGGUCUUACUUUGAGUCUGAUUCAAGUGAUUUAUGUGUGGCACAUUGUAAGCUGUGUCAAACUAGAGUCAAACGUGCACAAGGAACAUCAAACUUGCGUUCGCAUAUGAUGAAACAUCAUCCGGCAAUAUGGAACCGGCAAACACAACAAUAUAAAGCAUCAAAUUAUUUGAAUUCUCCUUCAACCAGUGAAAGUUGUGAUGAACCACUGCCAAAAAAGCAACUUACAUCAAAAACACCUAAAAUCACUGAAGUUUUUUCAAAGAUAACAUCACUUGCACCUGGAGGACAUACUCAUGAUGAACUUACAAAUGCUAUCCUUUUCAUGAUAGCCAAGGAUAAAUUGCCUAUGAGUAUGGUUGAGAAUGAAGGUUUUCGAUACUUAUGUUCAAAAUUUAAGCCACUUUAUAACAUACCAUCUAGAAAAACAAUAUCAACUGCACUCGAAGAUCGUUAUAAAAUUUUAAAAGAAAGAUUUGUUACACAAAUACAGCAAGCAACCACUUAUAGCUUGACUCUUGAUAAUUGGAGUGACAGAACUAAGCAAACAUAUAUUGCAGUGACUAUCCAUUAUCUAAAUAAUCAAUGGGAACUUAUUGAUGGUACAAUUGGAAUGUUUCCUUUGUAUGACAAUCAUACUGCAGAGUACCUUAAAAAUGCUAUCGAGUUUAUCCUUGAUGAUUUUAAAUUAGAAAAAGCAAAAAUAGUUGGUGUCACAACUGAUAGAGCUGCUAAUAUUUUGAAGGCUGUUCACGAAUUAUUUGGGCCUAAAAAACAAGUCUCAUGCUUUUGUCAUAUGUUGGCUCAAUUGUUUCCUGAUUUCAUGGAAGGAAUGUCUAAACUUCAGAUAGUUAUUAAAAAAGUAAGAGCUAUUGUUAAUGCUGUUCGAGUCAGUACUUGUGCCUCCACCAAGCUUAAAAAUUUACAAAAAGCAAAAGGUAUACAAGAAGGUGAUUGUCUUGCUUUUGAGUUGGAUGUUUCAACUCGUUGGAAUUCAACUUUGUACAUGAUAAAAAAAUUUUUAAUCUUAAAAGAUUACGUUCUAAGUACAACUGAAGAAUGUGCCUUUCCACCAGAAUUACUUCAACAUGAAGAUUAUCAAAUUUUAGAUGAUGUUAUACCCUUGAUGGAGCUAGUUGAAAAUGCAACAAAAGAAGCUAGUAAAAGUAAAUACCCAACUGCUAGUCUUGUUGUACCACUUUUGGCAAAUAUAAAAAUUGCAAUUGGCAAUUGUAAAACUCAAACUCAAUGUGGAAAAGAAUUCCAAAAUAAAUUUACAGAUGCACUCGAGCGACGAGGAAGAGAUUUAGAAGCAAAUGAUAUAUUGGGUAUUGCUACUAUCUUAGAUCCUCGUUUUAAAAAAAAAAGUAUAUGGGAUAUACACGAUGACUUCAUGGAAAAAAGAAAUCCUUCUGAACACGUCUUGCCUGAAAUCAAGCAGUAUCUCAAUCAACAGCUUUGGCCUAGACAAACAAACCCAAUUCAAGUAUGGAAAGAUCAAUUAAAACCAUCAUUUCCAGGACUUUAUCCAUUGGCAAUGAUGUAUCUUAGUGUCCCAUGUUCAUCUGUACCAUCAGAAAGAAUCAAUUCACAAGCUGGAGACAUCAAAACAGUAACAAGAAAUCGUAUCACUGGUGAGCACUUAAAUGAAUUACUUUUCCUUAGUUCAUUAACUUUGGAACAAUGGGGAUUGAAGUGA